AUGUCAAAAGAAGAUUACGAAAACGUUGUAAAUCAGCUUCUUGGCACAAUUCACGAUAAAAUAACUAAGCAGCAAAUUGAUAAAACAAAGCAGCUUGACCGAAGAGUUUUAUUGACUACCCGGCUUGGUGAAUUAAGAAAAACCAACGUCCAGCUGGCUUCGAAAAUUCGAAGUCUACAAGAAGAAAUCCGAGCCUACGCAGAAACAAACUUAGGCCUCGAAGAAGAAAAAGAAGAGCUAGAACGAGAAUUAAGGGUCUAUGCUGUCAAAAUUACUGAUAUUGGAGAUAAAGCAAUGCAAGAAAGAACUUCUUGGCAAAAGGAAUAUGAUUUUCAAAAAACUAAACUAAAACAUUUGGAAAGGCAGUUUGAAGCUGAAAGAGAGAGGUUAAGUUAGGUAAUUAAAGCCAGGUGUUAGCCGUAUUGGUGGCACAGUCACCAAAGACCUCCCAUACGGGAGGAAAACCACUUUUCGAUUCCAGCCCUGAGGACUUUCCCAGAAGGUGAAUGCCACUUCCGGAACCUCCUCUGUCUCCUUCUUAUCGCAGCUUCAGUUUUGAGUGGGCAGCUUAUGGAUUUCUGCAGCCUUGCUGCUAGCGAACUGAAAAAGAGGAAGAAGAAAAAGAAAAGAGGACCCUAACGCAAGAAAUAUUUAGACUGGAGCAGGAGUAUAGAAAGACAUCAAAUGAAUAUAAUGCAAAUAUAAUAAAUUUAACGCAGAGACGAGCACUAGAAGAAAGGCGAGUUAGAAGCUUAGAUGAAAAAAGCAAUGUGUUUAAUUCGUUCUUAGGAAGUAAACAAUUUAAAUAUGAAAGUUAA